AUGGCUUCAAACGGCACAUCUCUGAGACAUGUUGAUGCUGCGGAGAACAGCUUGGAUAAGAUCAAGCGGCAACUAGCAUCCAGCUCCGGUCGGAACUUGCUACAGGGACCACUUUUCAAGCGGUCUGAAACUCUGAGGAAAUGGAACGAACGUUGGGUGAUACUUGAUCCAACCACAGGGAAAAUGGAGUACAAGACAAGACGAAACGAACCAACUAUCAAGGGAACUAUUCUGUUUGAUGAAAAUAGCACAAUCACUGUCUCUCCUGUCAACUUCCAGGGGCUUCCUAAAUAUAAUGGUUGCUGUAUAUAUAUUAGUACCCCACAGAAGAAAGAUUACUUUCUGUGUGCAGAGACUUCCGGUGCAGCCAAAGCUUGGGUUACAACCUUACAUGCGACACAACUAGUUUUAAAGGCACAUAAAGAGGCUGUUGAUUCUCUUAGCGGAAGUGGUUCCUCAACACUUGGUACUGUUGCAACCGUUGUUGCAGCUGCCAAUUCAACAGCAUUAGAAUGUUCCAAAGAAAUCCAAGCAGCAAUGCAGGUCUCUCUGAGGAAUGCGUUGAAUAUAUCGGCAAUGAAACCGAUCGAUGGACCACUAGAUGAUUUGACGAUAAUGAAGGAAACUCUGCGUGUUAAAGAUGAAGAGUUACAGAAGUUGUCGCGGGAACUUCGUUCUCGUGAUUCAACCAUUAAGGAGAUAGCAGAUAAGCUAUCUGAGACGGCGGAAGCAGCUGUAGCGGCGGCAUCUGCAGCUCACGCAAUGGAUGAACAGAGGAAAAUUGUUAGUUUGGAAUUUGAGCGCUUAUCUAAAGACUCAGAGAGACAGCAAGAAGCAGCUAAACUGAAGCUAAAGGACUUGGAAGAGAAGACAUCUGCUCUGAGUAAGGAGAAAGAUCAAUUGAUCAAGGAAAGAGACUCUGCUCUCCAAGAGGCACACAUGUGGCGGUCUGAGCUUGCAAAAGCCAGAGAGCGUGUGGUCAUACUUGAAGGAGCUGUUGUAAGAGCCGAAGAGAAAGCGAGGGUUGCAGAAGCAAGUGGUGAAGCAAAAGCAAAAGAAGCUUCUCAGAGAGAGGCAACUGCAUGGACAGAUAAGCAAGAGCUUUUAGCAUAUGUGAACAUGCUACAAACCCAGCUUCAAAGGCAGCAACUUGAGACAAACCAAGUGUUUGAGGAGAAGACUGAAUCUACCAACGGCGAAAUAUUUCUUCCAACGACAAAAGAAACAGAAAAGGAUGUGGAUAAAGCAUGUUUGAGCAUUUCAAGAACAGCGUCUAUACCGGGAGAGAAUGUAGUCCAUAUGAGUGAAAAUGAGGUAGUAAACGCUCAGGCUCCGGUUGGAGAAAACGAAUGGAAUGAUAUUCAGGCAACAGAGGCAAGAGUUUCUGAUGUAAGAGAAAUAUCUGAACGAGACAGAAGUAACAGCUUGGAUAUCACGGUAGUAUCUCCUGAAUCUGAUGUUCCACGCAAUGAUCUACCACCUCCUGAAUCUUUUCAGCAUCAGCCUUGAUGAAUAAUUGGUAGACCUUCGUACAUUAUUAAUAUUGUCUUUUGAUGUUUGCGUAAUGUUUGGAGAGACAAUUGUUUUAACAAAACCAAAAAGAGUUGACAUUGGUUUUCCUGUGCCUCAAGGUGUGUCUAUGUAUCAGCAACCUCUUGAGUUUCUGUCUUACAAAGGAAUCCCCUUCCUUCCCCUUCGCCUUUAGUACAAGGGACCCUAAUUACAACAUCAACAUGAAGAGGAAAAGUGUGUUUAAUCUUUUAGUUGUGGAAUAUGAUGCUAUGUUUUUGGAUUCAUAUAAAUGUUUACGGUUUCCUUUAACUUCUCUUGGGAUAAUGCUUUACUUUUAUCUUGUCUACAAGAAUUUAUAACUAUUCAAAUUUUGAUAAUAAUACUUC